ACCACCUCACUCUCUCUCUCUCUCUCUCUCUCUCUCUCUGCAGAAGCAUUACUGCAGCCUCCCCCUCCUCUCUCUCUCCGGUGCAAAUCCUAACCCAACCUCUCCUCCACCAGCCUUUUUCAACAUCGCACACACCUCCACGGCCAGAAACAAAACAAUGAACUCCUCGUUACGAUUUCCGCGUCCCGACUCGCCCGCCUCCACCUCGUCCGUCGACCUCCGCCUGCUCUAUUUUUUGUUCGUACCCACCUAGACAAAAAUCACUCAAAUCAGCCUUUGAACCCCAAAAAGAAAAACAACAAAACAGACCCUUCAAGUUCCAAACAAGCUCCAAUGGAGUCCCCUCCGAUCCUCUCUCUCCUCACCGACGACCUCCUCCUCCAAGUCCUCUCCCACCUCCCCGACGACUCCGACCGAAAAUCCCUCCGCUCCGCCUGCCGCGCCUUCCUCCGCCUCGACUCGCUCCACCGCACCCAACUCAGGAUCCUCCGCCCCGAAUUCCUCCCGGGCCUCCUCCGAAAAUACCCAAAACUCGAAACUCUCGACCUCUCCGUCUGCCCCCGCGUCGAUGACGCCACGAUGACCGCCCUACUGAGUCGCGGUCGCCGCGGUGAGUGGAUGCGGGGGAUCAAGAGGCUGGUCCUGAGCCGGGCGGCAGGGCUGAGGUCGGGCGGGCUGGAGGUCCUGGUCCGGGCGUGCCCCGGGUUGGAGGCGGUGGACGUGUCGUACUGCUGCGGGUUCGGGGACAGGGAGGCGGCGGCGCUGUCGGGCGCGGUGGGGUUGAGGGAUGUGAGGAUGGAUAAGUGCUUGGAUUUGAGCGAUGUUGGGUUGGCCAAGGUAGCGGUGGGGUGUGGGAGGUUGGAGAGGCUGAGUUUGAAGUGGUGUUUGGAGAUUAGUGAUUUAGGGGUUGGGCUUUUGUGUAAGAAGUGUCCUCACCUCAAACACCUUGACAUUUCAUUUCUAAAGGUGACGAGUGACUCGAUUCAAGCGAUUGGAACGUUGCAGAAGUUGGAGGUGUUGGCUAUGGCGGGAUGUGGAUUGGUGGAUGAUAAUGGAUUGCGCUUUCUUGAACAUGGGUGUCCUUCACUUCAGGUUCUGGAUGUAUCAAGGUGUGACAAAGUCAGUUCAUUUGGCUUAGUCUCUGUCAUUAGGGGACAUAUUGGUCUGAGGCAGCUAGAUGCGGGUUACUGUUUUUUAGAACUUUCCACAACCCUUCUCCACCAGUUGAAGGAAUUGAAGAAUCUCAAUAGGAUAAGAAUUGAUGGGGCUCGAGUUUCAGAUUCUACCUUCCAAAUCAUUGGCACCAAUUGCAAGUUUUUGGUUGAAAUUGGUUUGAGCAAAUGCAAAGGAGUUACAGACAAGGGCCUUGUUGAGCUAGUAUCUGCUUGUCCAAAUAUGAAGAUUCUCAAUCUGACAUGUUGUGAUUCAAUUACUGAUGCGGCAGUAUCAGCAAUAGCUGAGUAUUGCAGAAGUCUUUUAUCCCUUAAAGUAGAAUCUUGUAAUUUGCUCACGGAGAGGAGUCUUCAUCUCCUUGGGUCAUCUUCUUUGCUACUCAAGGACCUUGAUCUCACAGAUUGCUCUGGAGUUAAUGAUGCAGGACUUGAAUAUUUGUCCAAAUGUUCGGAGCUUUUGUGCUUGAAAUUAGGACUUUGUACCAACAUAUCAGCCAAGGGAUUGUCUCAUAUUGCUUCAAACUGCUCCAAGAUUCGUGAACUCGACCUGUACCGCUGUACUGGAAUUGGGGACGAUGGACUAGCUGCUUUAUCAAGUGGUUGCAAGAAGUUGAAGCAUCUAAAUUUGUCUUACUGUAAUGAGGUUACCGACAGAGGGCUGCAGUACUUAAGCCAGGUGGAGGAACUCUCAGAUUUGGAGUUGCGUGGUCUUGUGAACAUCGCGGACAAAGGUCUCACAGCACUUGCAGCUGGGUGCAAGAGACUUUCAGCAUUAGAUCUCAAACAUUGUGAGAACAUCAAUGAUUCAGGAUUCUGGUCUCUUGCCUACUACUCGAGGAGUUUACUGCAGAUAAACCUAAGCCAUUGCGGAAUCUCAGAUGUUGGGCUGUGCAUGCUGGUGGGAAACCUGUCCCAGCUGCAGGAUGCAAAGCUGGUGAACCUCACAAAUGUGUCAGUACAAGGGUUUGAGCUCGCACUUAGGGCUUGCUGUGUCCGACUCAAAAAGGUCAAGUUGCUUGCUUCUCUGGGAUUCCUACUUUCUCCUGAGAUACUUAACACCCUGAGGGCAAGGGGUUGCAGAAUAAGGUGGGACUAAGUAAUGCUGUGCUAUUAUAUUCCUAUUUGUCUCAACUUCUGGGAAAUAACCAUGCGUUUCUUUCUUUCUAAAGCUAAAGUAAUUCAUGUUUGGAUAAUAUGUUGUAACAAACACUUUGGCAUAAGUUGUCAAAAUUGAAAAAAUUAUGAGCACCUUCCGCAUAAGCUGCAAAUUUCGGGAUUGUAGUCUUUAUGUCACUAACGGGAUCUGGGAAGCUAAUGUGAGUUUGAUUUUUUUCUUUCCCCCCAAAAAUGCAUAUGGGGGAGUUC